AUGCCAGAGGAGCCAAGAAUCUCUGCUGGAUUCAGCUCAUCCCAACACCGGACUCUGUUUCCCGCUCUGAACGGACUUCAGUUUUUCCCAAUGUGCGAGUGCAGCGCAGCCUUGGAUCCAUCGUGGAACCACAGUCCGCCCGGGCGCCCAGCCUUCGGGCCGGAGUCGCUCCAAACCGGAAACUACUCUCUGGUGCUGCUGAUUCAGCUCAGCCUGCUCUCCUUCGACCUGUUUGUCAACUCCUUCAGCGAGCUGCUCAGGGCGGAACCAGCCGUCCAGCUGGUGCUUUUUAUCAUCCAGGACAUCGCCAUCCUGUUCAACCUGAUCAUCAUUCUGCUGAUGCUGUUUAACACCUUCGUGUUCCAGGUCGGCCUGGUCGCCAUAUUGCUGGAGCGAUUUAGAGCUCUGCUAAUGCUCUCUGCUCUCUACCUGACCUUCAGUAUCAUUCUCCACUCCUGGCUCAUGAAUCUGCGUUGGCUGAACACCAACAGAUUUAUUUGGACAGACGGCCUUCAGGUGCUGUUUGUGUUCCAGAGAACCGCGUCUGUGUUGUACUACUACUUCUACAAGAGGACCUCAGAGUAUCUGGGUGACCCUCGCCUCUACGAGGAUUCACCGUGGCUGCGAGAAGUCUUCGCUCAAGUCCGACAGUGAUCUCACUGCAGCGGAGCCACAGAGGCCAAAACCAGUGCGAUGGCACAUUAAAAAGUAAUUGUCCAUAUGGAAACCAAAUGUUACAAAGUUUGGAUUUAAAAUCCGUACAAUGUAAGAAUUGGCCACGUCAGUAGUGUUGUAUUAAAGGUGCAUAAAAUUUAUUUGCUAUACAUUUACAGUCACAGUUACAUUUUGGAAAUUUAAAAUAAGACAAAAAUAAACAUUCCCGCUUAAGAUGCACUACUUGCAACACAUUUAUUAUAAAUCUAUUCGAUGGGGAUGGUAGCCAAACAAUAUAUUCCACAUUACAUCUCCUUCCAGUGUAAGGAGGACUGUGCCAAAAUCUGGUAAGAUUUAUUAUCGUAGCAAGGCCGGAGCGUCUCAGGAGGUUUUCUGUUUCGAUGGUAAAAAAGGAUGAAGAGUGAGAUCAUGUUUUUUUUUUUUUUUAAAGCAUUCUGUUGAUAUCAGUCACCACAUGCCCUUUUUCUUUUCUUUUGUUAAUGCUGUACAUUUUUAAAAAAAGACUAUAUUGCAAUUGUUUUAUAUACAUUUGAGACCAUUUGAGUUUGUUUGUACAGUCUGUAUUGAACAGGGUUUAACUGUAUGUGGAUGGCUUGGCCAGUUGUUGAUUUCCAAUGUCUGUAAAAUCUGGGCUGUUUUGUGUUUCAUAUUCA